AUGUCUGUCAGGACUUUGCUGACGCAUGGUCGGUGGGUGGACGGCUUCAAGCCUGGGAGAUAUCUGUCGCAGGUGACCGUUUCGCAAGCACGAUUACAAGAGUUCAUCCGAGCUGAGCUGAGCUACUUUGCAGCUCAACACACGCAGGCACUGAGCUUGGAACAGAUCGUGGAAGCAUCGACUCCCGGCAAAGUGGCCCGGCUGGUGCACAAGGAGCUGCCCUUUCGCUUUGCUGCACGCAUCGAGCAUAUUGAGGCAGUGACAGGAUGGGAACAGCAGCUUGAACUCCAGCAAUUGCACGAGAUUUUCUUGGACUCAUUCAGCGAGUUGCGCAUGUCCGAACCUCCCGGGACUGAGGAGUGCCCGCUGUCGGUAUCAGAUUUGAAAGAAUACACGGAGGUCAUCCGAAAUGUUCGGAAACGUCAUCGACCUGUCGUAGCAUUGCUUGCUGAGGCUUUUCGGAAGAUGAUGCACAAUGACGCAGCUUGGAUUGAGGAUGAUGCUUUUCAGUCGUGGGCUGACACCUUUCUGAUAUCCAGAAUCUCUACAGAAAUGCUGACUUCUCACUACAUGGCAGUGGUGGAGUCGCACGACCCCUCCGCCGCCCAGCUGCUCAGCGAGGAUCAUAUUGGCAUCGUUGACACGAAGUGCAAUCCCGGCAGAAUCUGCGAGGAGGCUGCAAAGGCCGUUCAAGCGAUGUACACAAGUCCAAGAAGGCAACUUGCAGGAAGUUUGAGCAUCGAGGUUCACUCGCAUUCUGACUCUGGCUCGCUCUCUGCCAUCGAGUUUUCUUACAUUCCGAAGUAUUUGUUCUACAUUGUCCAGGAGCUGAUCAAGAACAGUGCCCGGGCGACGGUCGAGGCCUGCGAGAUGGACAGACGGAGAACCUUGUCGCAAAGGCCAAUUGUGGUCACCGUUUGUGCAGACCAGAAGCAGGUGGCCAUACGAAUAGCAGAUCAGGGAGGUGGCGUGCCCUUUGGCAAAGCGGACGAGAUCUGGUCAUACCGUUUUUCUACAUCAAAGCAGCCAGUCCAGGAGUACCUGGAGAGUGGCAGUCCUCUUGCUGGUUGGGGUGUCGGUCUGCCUCUUGGUCGGCUCUAUGCCAGGUAUCUGGGCGGCUCCUUGGAGUUGAUGAAUGUACCUGGCACUGGAGUUGAUGCGUAUCUCUUUCUGAGGCGAAUUGCACCAGAGGGAGUUCCGCGCUCCUCCAUAUCUGAUUCGCUGGCCCCAGUCUAG